CUUACUGAAUUAGUGUUUUCCAACAGUAGGAGGACAUUUUUCUGUCAGCACAAAUGUCAAAAACGAAUGUCUCGGCUAUUUCAGCAGAGGAACUUCCAUUCAUCAAAGCAAUUAGAAGAGCAAAGCAUGUUACUGAAGCUGAGCAGUGUGAUUCUACUCAUCAUCCAGAGCGAUACAGAAAGUACACGGGUCAUUGGUGAAUGCAGGACUGUGGUACAGGGGGAGGAUGUGGACUUAUACUGCAGACUGAUAGAGACAACUGAGGACCUCGAACAGAUCACAUGGCAGAAAAGUACUUUGGAAGAAACACAGAACCAUAAUUUUAUGCUGAUUAAUCCCAAUGGGGUUACUAAAUUCAUUGCACCGAAUGGAUUGAGUGGUAGAGUCCAGUUUAUUGGGAACCCAUCAGAAAACCUUGGAUCUAUUAGAAUAACUGCUGUCAGACUGUUGGAUGAAGGCACCUUCACAUGUAUCUUCAGUGUUUUCCCCAGUGGAACAUACACUACAGAGAUACCUCUGACUGUGCUAGUUCCUCCAGUAGUGAGUGUGACAGUUGAUGUUCCUCCUGUCACUGGGGAAAAUGAGGUUGUCUUGGCAACCUGUGUGGCUGCUGGUGCCAAGCCACAGGCAGAAGUGACAUGGAAGACGGGUGCAUUUGGCAGUUUGUUGAGGACAGUGACUAACUUCACACAGCACACCAAUGGAACCACCACAGUACUCAGCCACCUGCUUGGGUUGCCAACCAGAGCAGCCAAUCAGCAGCAGGUCCAGUGUGUGGUCAACCAGUCUGCCCUGGCAACAGAAAGGAGCUACAACUACAACUUAGACAUCCACUAUCCACCUCAGACUGUGAACAUCACACUUAGUGAGGCCUCUAAAACCACAGUCUUCCUAUGUGUAGCAGAUGGCAACCCACAACCCAGCUACACCUGGAGCAGAGUGGUCCAGCCAUGGCCUGAGUCUUCAGUGAAAGCUGAGGGAGACAUACUGCAAUUCCUCAGUCUCAGCUCUGAGUUGAAUGGUCUUUAUGUCUGUGAGACCUCCAACCCCUACGGACAGGCAACUGGCUCCCUCUAUGUACACACAUCCUCUGGUACACGGGUCAUUGGUGAAUGCAGGACUGUGGUACAGGGGGAGGAUGUGGACUUAUACUGCAGACUGAUAGAGACAACUGAGGACCUCGAACAGAUAACAUGGCAGAAAAGUACUUUGGAAGAGACACAGAACCAUAAUUUUUUGCUGAUUAAUCCCAAUGGGGUUACUAAAUUUAUUGCACCGAAUGGAUUGAGUGGUAGAGUCCAGUUUAUUGGGAACCCAUCAGAAAACCUUGGAUCUAUUAGAAUAACUGCUGUCAGACUGCUUGAUGAAGGCACCUUCACAUGUAUCUUCAGUGUUUUCCCCAGUGGAACAUACACUACAGAGAUACCUCUGACUGUGCUAGGUAAGAACUCUUCCUUCACUCUUUGCAGCAUUGUUUCUACUUUUGACGGUGUAGAAUGACCGUAUGUGAUAAUCAAUACUAGAAAGCCAAACAGUUGGUAGUUUCAAUAUUCAAGUGAAGCAAGAGCAGAGCCCUCAUCUACAGGUUUUGCUUUUUCCACACUUAGAAAAAGGGUGCUAAAUGGAUUCUUUCCAGAGGGAUACGAUUCGACCUAUAACCUUUUCAUCCUAAAAUCCUUUUUUGGAAGAAUUCGUUAUUUGAUGAGUAUUUGAAAGGCAAGAAUGUUUCUACACAGAAACUCUUCUGAAUUUGAAUAAGAAUGUUUAUUUUUUUUAAAUUCUUACCAUAAAAUAACGCCUGAGCGUUAGUGUUAAUCUCAUUACUUAAACUUUAACAUCAGGAGUUCCAGUAAUCUGAUAAAUGUUUAAAGAUGUUUUAAACUGUACCUACAGUGUAAGGGAAUAUUUGUGCAUAUGAUUUGUGAAAUUAUUCUCUUAAUCAUAUAACAAAUACAAUAUUGACUGUUUAUGUUUUUGCCAUGAUUUUUGUGUUUCAAACUAGUAUUUUUGAAUGUUUUUGGAUUUUCAGACAUUAUUUCCUAAAGGACUUUAUGAUGAAAUGCCUAUGUAUGUUAUGUUGUGAAUUUGAACAUGAAUUAUGUGCCUAUUUAAGAUUACUCCUUCAUCUUGUGCGGGAUCGUUUUCCUUCAUCUUGUUCAACUGUUGCCAUGCACCGGCAAAAAAGAUUGGUCUGAUGUGCGAGUUUCUUUUGAAUUUUGAGCAUCUACUUUUUUUUAAAUCCACCUUUUUUUCAAUUUUAUCCACCUUUCCAGAAACAAGUCUCUCACCGUUGCCGCUUGCUAUAGACCACCCUCUGCCCCCAGCUGUGCCCUGGACACCAUAUGUGAACUGAUUGCCCCCAUCUAGCUUCAGAGCUCAUGCUGCUAGAUGACCUAAACUGGGACAUGCUUAACACCCCAGCCAUCCAACAAUCUAAGCUGGAUGCCAUCAAUGUCUCAAAAAUCGUCAAUGAACCCACCAGGUACAACCCCAAAUCCGUAAACACGGGCACCCUCGUAGGUAUCAUCCUAACCAACUUCCUCUCCAAAUAUACCUCUGUUGUUUUCAAACCAAGAUCUCAGCAAUCAUUGCCUCAUUGCCUAUAUCCGUAAUGGGCCUGCGGUCAAACGACCACCCCUCAUCACUAUCAAACGCUCCCUAAAAAACAUUUCAGCGAGAAGGCCUUCCUAAUCGACCUGGCCCGGGAAUCCUGGAAGGACAUUGACCUCAUCCCGUCAGUAGAGGAUGCCUGGUCAAUAUUUAAAAGUGCCUUCCCUGCCAUCUUAAAUAAGCAUACCACAUUUAAAAAAUGUAGAACCAGGAAAAGAUAUAGCCCUUGGUUCUCUCCAGACCUGACUGCCCUUGACCAGCACAAAAAGAUCCUGCGGCGUUCUGCAUUACCAUCGAAAAGCACCCGUGAUAUGCAACUUUUCAGGGAUGUUAGGAAAUAAUAUUCACAGGCAGUUAGGAAAACCAAGGUUAGCUUUUUCAAGCAGAAAUUUGCAACACUGUCACCACCGAUAAAUCCACAAUAAUUGAGAAUUUCAAUAAGCAUUUUUCUAGGGCUGGCUAUGCUUUUCUACGACUGGCUACUCCCCACUGCAACUCGCCUAAGCCUCCCCAUUUCUCCUUCACCCAAAUUCAGAUAGCUGAUGUUUUUAAGGAAUGCAAAACCUGGACCCAUACAAAUCAGCCGGGCUUGACAAUCGGUACUCUCUUUUUAAAAUGAUCUGGCCAAAAUUUUUGCAACCCAUAUUACUAGCCUGUUCAACCUCUCUUUCUUAUCAUCUAAGAUUCCCAAAGAUUGGAAUGCUGCCUCGGUCAUCCCCCUCUUCAAAGGGGGAGACACUCUAGACCCAAAUUGCUACAGACCUAUAUCUGUCCUACCCUGCCUUUCUAAGGUCUUCGAAAGUCAAGUCAACAAACAGAUUACCGACCAUUUCCAAUCCCACCGUACCUUCUCCGCUAUGAAAUCUGGUUUCAGAGCUGGUCAUGGGUGCACCUCAGCCAUGCUCUAGGUCCUAAACGAUAUCAUAACCGCCAAUGAUAAGAGACAUUACUGUGUAGCCGUAUUCAUCAACCUGGCCAAGGCUUUCGACUCUAUCAAUCACCACAUUCUUAUUGGCAGAUUCAACAGCCUUGGUUUCUCAAAUGAUUGCCAUGCCUGGUUCACCAACUACUUCUCUGAUAGAGUUCAGUGUGUCAAAUCAGAGAGCCUGUUGUCCGGACCCCUUGCAAUCUCUAUGGGGGUGCUGCAGGGUUCAAUUCUUGGGCCGACUCUCUUCUCUAUAUACAUCAAGGAUGUUGCUCUCGCUGCUGCUGAUUCUCAGAUAAACCUCUAAGCCGACGACACCAUUAUGUAUACAUCUGGCCCCUCUUUGGACACUGUGUUAACUAACCUCCAGACGAGCUUCAAUGCCAUACAACUCUCCUUCCAUGACCUUCAACUGCUCUGAAAUGCAAGUAAAACUAAAUGCAUGCUCUUCAACCGAUCACUGCCCACACCUGCCCCCCCAUCCAGCAUCACUACUCUGGACGGUUCUGACUUAGAAUUUGUGACAACUACAAAUACCUCAGUGUCUGGCUAGACUGUAAACUCUCCUUCCAGACUCACAUUAAACAUCUCCAAUCCUAAAUUAAAUCUAGAAACAUCUUCCUAUUUCGCAACAAAGCAUCUUUCACUCAUGCUGCCAAACAUAACCUCUUAAAACUGACCAUCCUACUGAUCCUUGACUUCGGAGAUGUCACCUAUAAAAUAGCCUCCAACACUCUACUCAAGCCGGUGUAGUACGAUUCAAAUUGGAUGCAGUCUAUCACAGUGCCAUCCGAUUUGUCACCAAAGCCCCCAUAUACUACCCAAUAUGGUGCAGUCCAUGAAGAGGAGAACACUGCUGUUGGCCACACCAGAUACUGACUGUUACUUUUGAUUUAGACCCCUUUUUGUUCAGGGACACAUUAUCCCAUUUCCAUAUUUCAUAUGGAAAGAAGUAUGUUCAAUAGGAAAACCGAUAUUAGCAGGUGCGUUUUAUCUUCAUCGCGCGCGCAUACACACAUUUCCAAUAGUGUGUCCCAGUACUAAAAGUAAUUAUUCUUACUCGUUUUGGAAUAAACAAGCCUGAAAUGUAUUUACCACCCCAGACGGAUUCUGGAACUUAGACCGCACUCAGUCAGCUGAAAAAUGAAAAAAGCAAACUGGAAAACGCCAAGCUAGAAGCAGUGCUCCUACUGGCUGGGGACAUUAAAGCAGGAAAACUGAAAUCAGUCUUACCUAAUUUCUAUCAGCAUGUUAAAUGUGCAACCAUAGGAAAAAAAACCCAAGACCACCUUUACACCACACACAGAGAUGCAUACAAACCUCUCUCUUGCCCUCCAUUUGGCAAAUCUGAACAUAAUUCCAUCCUCCUGAUUCCAGCAGGAAGCACCAGUGACUCGGUCAAUAAAGAAGUGUCAGAUGACGCAGAUGCUAAGCUACAGGAAUCUUUUGCUAGCGCAGACUGGAAAAUGUUCAGGGAUUCUUCCGAUGGCAUUAAGGAGUACACCACAUCAGUCACCGACUUCAUCAAUAAGUUCAUCAAUGAGAUCAUCCCGACAGUGACUGUAUGUACAUACCCUAACCAGAAACCAUGGAUUACAGGCAACAUCCACACUGAGCUAAAGAGUAGAGCUGCCGCCUUCAAGGAGCGGGACUCUAACCCGGACGUUUAUAAGAUAUCCCGCUAUGCCCUCAGACUAACCAUCACAGGCAACGCGCCAAUACAGGACUAAGAUUGAAUCGUACUACACCGGCUUCGACGUUCGUUGGAUGUGGCAGGGCCUGCAAACUAUUACAGACUACAAAGGGAAGCACAGCCGCGAGCUGCCCAGUGACACAAGCCUACCAGAUGAGCUAAAUCACUUUCAUGCUCGCUUCGAGGCAAGCAACACUGAUGCAUGCAUGAGAACAUCAGCUGUUCCGGACGACUGUGUGAUCACGCACUCCGUAGCCGACGUGAGUAAGACCUUUAAACAGGUCAACAUUCACAAGGCCUCUGGGGCAGACGGAUUACAAGGACGUGUGCUCUAGGCAUGCGCUGACCAACUGGCAGGUGUCGUCACUGACAUUUUCAACAUGUCCCUGAUUGAGUCUGUAAUACCAACAUGUUUCAAGCAGAACACCAUAGUCCCUGUGCCCAAGAACACUAAGGAAACCUGCCUAAAUGACUACAGACCUGUAGCACUCACGUCGGUAGCCAUGAAGUGCUUUGAAAGGCUGGUCAUGGCUCACAUUAACACCAUUAUCCCAGAAACCCUAGACCCACUCCAAUUUGCAUAACGCUCAAACAGAUCCACAGAUUAUGCAAUCUCUAUUGCACUCCACAUUGACCUUUCAAAUCAAAUCAAAUUUUAUUCAUCACAUGCGCCGAAUACAACAGGUGUAGGUAGACCUUACAGUUAAAUGUUUACUUAUGAGCCCUUACCAACAUUGCAGUUUCAAAAAAAGUAGAUAAGAAUAAGAAAUAAAUGUAACAAGUAAUUAAAGCAGAAGUAAGAAGUAAAUAACAACAGCGAGACUAUAUACAGUGGGGUACAGGUACAGAGUCAGUGUGCGGGAGCACCGGUUACUUGAUGUAAUAUGUACAUAUAGGUAGAGUUAUUAAAAUGACUAUGCAUAGAUGAUAACAACAGAGAGUAGCAGCGGUGUAAAAGAGGGGGAGAGGGGGGGGCAAUGCAAAUAGCCUGCCAUCCAGGACCUCUAUACCAGGCAGUGUCAGAAGAAGGCCCUAAAAAUUGUCAAAGACCUCAGCCACCCCAGUCAUAGACUGUUCUCUCUGCUACCGCAUGGCAUGGCAAGCGGUACCGGAGCGCCAAGUCUAGGACCAAUAGGCUUCUCAACAGCUUUUACCCCCAAGCCAUAAAACUCCUGAACAUGUAAUCAAAUGGCUACCUGGACUAUUUGCAUUGUCACCCGCCCCCCCCCCGCCCCCGCCCCCGCCCCCCGCCAACACCUCUUUUACGCUGCUGCUACUCUCUGUUUAUCAUCUAUGCAUAGUCACUUUAACUAUACCUACAUGUUUAUAUUACCUCAAUUAGCCUGACUAACCGGUGUCCCCGUACAUGAACUCUGUACCGGUACCACCUGUAUGUAGCCUCACUACUGUUAUUUUUACUGUCAUUUUACUGUUUUUUAUUUCUUUACAUUUCUAUUGUUUACCUAUUACCUAUUUUGUACUUAAAAACUGCACUGUUGGUUAGGGCUUGUCUGUAAGCGUUUCAGUGUAAGGUCUGUUGUAUUCGGCGAAUGAGACAAAUAAAAACUGCAGAGCAGAGAAGGUUGUAUCCCCCAUAUAAAUAACAUUCUAUUGGUUGCAAGAAUUUUGUAUAAUAAUUUAAAAUAAAAAAUUACAUGUUUUGAA